AUGGCUGAGAACUGGGAGGAGGAGGAGGAGCGGCUCGCGCAGCAGACCGGCGGCAUCAACCUCAACCAGCAGCAACAGCAGCAGCCCCAGGCUUUCGUGCCUGGCGCGACCUCAUUCACACCCGGCGCAUCGACUUUCGUCCCCGGACAAGCAUACGGGCAGUACCAGCAGGGCUUCGGGCAGUACCAGCAGUACGGAGGAUACAACCAGCAGUACGGCGGCCAGUACGGCGGCUACCAGCAGCAGCAGCAGGGCGGAUACCCCAACUACAGCCAGAGCCAAGGGCAGGGCCAAGGGCAGGGUGGCUACCCCAACUACGGACAGCAGGGCGGAUACGGUCAGCAGCAGGGCGGAUACCAGCAGCAGAACUACCAGCAGCAGCAGCAGCAGCAGGCGCCCGUGAAGAUCGCCAAGCGUGGCGAGGCUGACCAGGCUGCUGAGCCCAAGAAGGACGCAGCGCCCAAGGCCAAGGUCCUUUCCAUCGGUGGCGAUGCGCCCAAGCCCAAGACUCUCACUAUCGGCGCAGAUGCCGUUGCACCAAAGACCGAGAAGGUUGGCGGUACCAAAGUCCUCUCUCUAGGAGGCGCACCGCCCGCUGAAAAAUCAAUCAAGGAGACCCAGGACAAGAGCGCACCCGAGGCUGGAGCCAAGGUCGCUGCUAAGCAGGCCAUCGAGAAGACCGGCGAGCCCACCAAGGCCACACCUGCCAGCUCCGGCCGCACAUCACCAACCCCCGCAUCUGGACGCAGCAGCCCCACACCAACAGCGAAGGAGAAGGCCAUCCAGAAGGCCGCCGAUGUCGAGAAGGAGGUUGAGGAGGUUGUCGAUGAAGCCACGCUUGCCGAGAUCUACGGCAAAGAGCACGUCAACAUCAUCUUCUUGGGUCACGUCGAUGCCGGAAAGUCCACCCUUGGAGGCAGUAUUCUUAUCUCCACGGGUAUGGUCGACGAGCGAACACUCGACAAGUACAAGCGUGAAGCCAAGGAUGCUGGUCGUGAAACCUGGUACAUCUCGUGGGCUCUCGACCUGAAUAAGGAGGAGCGUCAGCAGGGUAAGACAAUCGAGGUCGGUCGCGGAUUCUUUGAGACGGAGAAACGCCGCUAUUCUAUCCUGGACGCGCCUGGCCACAAGACAUAUGUACCCAACAUGAUUGGAGGAGCUUCGCAGGCUGAUGUCGGUCUUCUCGUUAUUUCAGCACGUAAGGGAGAGUACGAGACAGGUUUCGAGAAGGGUGGUCAGACACGAGAGCACGCUAUGCUGGCCAAGACUCAGGGUGUUAACAAGCUCGUCAUUGUUGUCAACAAGAUGGAUGACCCUACAGUCGAGUGGUCCGAGGACCGAUUCAAGGAGUGCACAAGUAAGGUCGUUCUCUUCCUGAAGGGUCUUGGAUACAACCCCAAGACCGACAUCUUCAUGAUGCCCGUCAGUGCGCAGACAUUCACUGGUAUCAAGGACCGCAUCCCCAAGGAGAAGGCACCCUGGUACGACGGCCCAUCCCUGCUCGAGUACCUCGACGACAUGCAGGCAUUGGAGCGCAAGAUCAAUGCUCCCUUCAUGAUGCCCAUUGCUGCCAAGUACAAGGACAUGGGUACCAUGAUUGAGGGCAAGAUCGAGUCUGGUAUCAUCAAGAAGGAGCAGAAGUACCUCAUGAUGCCUAACAAGGAGAUGAUUCAUAUCUCUGCCCUGUAUGGAGAGCAGGAAGACGAGAUUCCCGGUGCCACAUGCGGUGACCAAAUCCGUGUCCGUCUCCGAGGUGUCGAAGAGGAGGAUAUUCUUCCUGGCUACGUUCUCUGCUCGCCAAAGCGCCCCGUCCACUGCGUUUCCACAUUCGAGGCCCAAAUCGUACUGCUCGAUAUCAAGUCUAUCUUCACAGCCGGUUUCAACUGCGUACUGCACGUCCACGCCGCACAGGAAGAGGUCACCAUCUCGGCGCUGCUGCAUAAGCUCGAGAAAGGCACUGGCCGCAAGUCCAAGAAGGCACCCGGGUUCGCCACAAAGGGUAUGAGCAUUAUUGCACGAGUGGAGGUCACAGGCACAGCUGGAUCGAUUUGCGUGGAGCGCUUCGAGGAUUACCCCCAGCUUGGUCGUUUCACACUGAGAGACCAAGGUCAGACUAUUGCUAUUGGAAAGAUCACCAAGCUUAUCACGGCCGAGAACGCUGCUUAG